GCCCCUUCCCAAAGUCAUUUCUUUCCCGCCCCCCCCCCUCCCCUGCCUGCGCUGGAGACGUAAAAGGAAGAGGGUGGAAAAAUACCCCGUUGACAAAGAAGACGGACACACAACAAACCAGAGAAUACAAACAGAUGCGCUCCAGAUGACAAAAAGGAAAAAAUGGAAUUGCACAUUUUAGAGCACCGGUUGAAAGUAGCCAGUGUGUCCAGAGAGCGGAUCCAGCACUUCACCUACGGACUCAUCAAAUUGGCGUUCCUCUCCUCCAAGACCAGGUGCAAGUUCUUCAGCCUGACGGAAACCCCCGAGGACUACACCAUCAUCGUGGACGAAGAAGGCUUCCUAGGUUUCCUACCUCUGGAGCUCCCCUCGUCUGAACACUUCAGCGUGGCCGACGCAACAUGGCUGGCCCUCAACGUGGUGUCCGGAGGGGGCAGUUUCUCUAGUUCCCAGCCCAUUGGCGUGACCAAGAUCGCCAAGUCUGUGAUAGCCCCGCUGGCCGAACAGAACAUCUCCGUGUUCAUGCUGUCCACCUAUCAAACAGACUUCAUCCUGGUACGUGAGCGAGACCUGCCCUUCGUGAUGCAUACUUUGGCUUCCGAGUUCACCAUCCUGCGGGUCGUGAAUGGGGAGACGGUGGCAGCCGACAGCCUGGGGAUCGCCAACGGGUUUAUGAAACCAAAACUGGUUCAGAGGCCGGUCAUCCAUCCUCUUUCUAGUCCAAGCAACAUGUUCUGCGUCACCAGCUUGGACCCCGAUACCCUUCCCUCCGUUGCUACACUCCUUAUGGACGUCAUGUUUUACUCCAAUGGAGUAAAAGAACCAGCGGCCGGCCAUGAAAGCGCCGGGCACAUUCACUUCUUCUCCUUUUCUCUCAUCGAGGGUUAUAUUUCCUUAGUGAUGGAUGUUCAGACACAGAAAAGGUUCCCCAACAAUUUGUUGUUUACAAGCGCGUCGGGAGAACUCUGGAAGAUGGUUCGCAUCGGAGGGCAGCCCCUCGGCUUUGAUGAGUGUGGGAUUGUGGCACGGAUCUCUGAACCUCUGGCUGCAGCUGAUAUCCCAGCCUAUUACAUCAGUACUUUUAAAUUCGAUCAUGCACUGGUACCAGAAGAAAAUAUCAACAGCGUUAUCAAUGCACUCCAAGUCAGUCAAGCCGAAAAACACUAGGAAGCGUUUGAAGGAGGCCCUGGGAGCAUUUGACGACAAGGAUUUCUUCUCAGUAUUUUCGGGAUGGGGGUGGGAUUUGAUUUUUUAUUAUUAUUCCAAAGAGAGCAUGGGAGAAAAAUUGCCGUGCCAUGAAGAAAAUGAGAAACGAAAGACUGCUGAAUAGGCAAAUAACUUCCAGUAGCUUUUAAGAAAAUUAUUUUUAAAAAAUUAUCUUCAAGAGGAGGGAAGUGAAGGAGGAUUUUUUGGCAUUAAAAAACUGUGAAGGUUUCCCGAUGUUCAGCUCCGAAGCAAAAUUUAACCACAUUGUUUCCCCCACCCACCCUUUUGCUGCCAUGCCAGGAAGGCAAGGGGUUCCAAAACACAUUGCAGUUCUGGCUUACCAGGAAGGAGGCCCCUGCCCUGGUGCUCCCAGCUGCCGAGCAGGAGAGCUAGAGCAGCUAGCGAUGGUAGGCCAGCCAAGCAUGAAGCGCUGCAGCCCAGCCUGGCCUUCUGCCUGGUCCCUCCUCUAAGACAUCGGGGCUUGAACUUGACUGGUGGAUCCAGGUUUGCCAGAGGGAUGGCCAGCCGGGGUCCAGACGCAGCACAACCUGCUUCCGCCCUGGUAUGUUUCUGGUCCUUUUAGCUGCUCCAGCGGCAAAGGGAGCCACUUGCAGAACCCGCAUGAGAUCCAGCCUCCGAUCCCCGUUUUGCACAAGCACAGGCAGUACUUGUGGGGUUCAAGAUGUAGCGAGCCCCUUGGGAGGGGAAAGAACCACCCUAGACGUGCGCAGAGCACUCUGGGAUACACGGCAGCACGGAUCGCCAUUGCUGCCCGUUUCCAGGGAGGGCUUGCCAACCUGUUCAGUCUGGGCCAGGUGUUGAAUCUUUGCCAGGCCGGGCAAAAGGGGCAGCGGCAGUACUGGUAGGAAGGCAUUAACUGUUGAAGAAUGGUGGGCACGGCCAACUGAUGGCGGCCUUUGCCUGGAAAAGCCGAAUGGUGUGCCAACGGCCACGUCUGGGCAAGCUGGGCAAGUGGGAGCCGGGCAGGACCACCGCUGGACCAUGUUGGAGAACUUCCCAGCAGCCCGUGCCCUUGGCGUUAGCAACAGCCUCCUCACAUGCCGUUUUCGUACCACAGCGUCAGAGAAAAGUGAGGGCGUCUCUUUUGCUGGUGGAGUCAAUGCUGAGGACUGGGAGGCCAGGAGACGGGUGCAAAACCUUCUCUGUGUCACUGCAACCGUGUGCUGCUGAUGGAGCUUUCUGCGUCUCCAAUACAUCUUUGCUGCAAAGUCUAA